AUGGCCGACCCAAUAUCCAUUAUCGGCCUAGUAGGGCAAAUCUCAGACCUCAUCCAACGAGCCUACAACUACGGCAAAGCUGUCCACGAAGCUCAAUGUGACAUGCGCAAGCUCUAUACAGAGCUUCUCGGCCUCAAAGGUGUAUUAGAGCAGCUAGAGAAACUAGACAUGGCGUCAGCAGAACCACAUAUAGCCGAUUUAAAACGCUCGAAUGAAUUUCGUAAGACUUUAUCUUCGGCGUCGGAGCUUGUGGUUCGCCUUGUUGAGAAUCUGAAUAAGAAGCAGACUUCUUCUCGUCGAGUGAAUGCAUUCUUGUGGCCAUGGGUGAAGGAUGAUGUGAUAGCAGAUAUCCAGGAUCUCGAACGUGUGAAGACUUGGUUUAUCGUGGUGAUGAUGGCUGAGAGCUCGACGCAGAUGGAAGUCUUGAUGAUUGAAUCGCAUGAGAUUUUGAAUAUUGCUAGAGAAGGCCAGGCGAGGGGCAAGCUCAAAGAUCAAGAAAGGAGAGAAGCGAUCAGGCAAUGGAUACAACCGUUCUGUCCUAAACAAUUGCACGCAAAAGCCAUUAAAAAGAGGAUGGACGAUACUGGAUCUUGGUUCCUGGACGGUGACUUCAAAGCUUGGCUGGACGGUGGUGCAGGCUCCCCAAGAAUCCUCUUGCUCCGCGGUAAAUCUGGUUCCGGGAAAACGACAUUGCAUGCCGCUGCAGUCGACCAACACAAGUCCCAACAACAAGAAAGUCCUAAUACCGGAUUCGCGUUCUUCUACUGUUCAUUUGACGAUAGAGAGUCGCAACAACCUCUCAAUAUCAUUUCGUCUAUCUUAUAUCAGCUUUCUGAAAGGCAUCCUGAAGCCCUAGAAAGUAUCGAUCAAUUGCGCAAGUCCGGAGAAGUCUUGGGCGAGAGUGCCGUACUCAAACUAAUCUCGGAACACUUAUCACAUUUUGACAAAUUCUACAUAUCAGUUGACGCGAUUAACGAGAGUUUUAGGUGCAUUGAAGUAUUUGAGAUGCUUACACAAAUCGUUACCGAUAACCCAAACGUGCGUCUGUUUAUGACAGCCAUAUCGAGCUGCUCACCCUGGCUAGAAGAUCUGUAA